GCGAUACGCAGGCGCGAAGGUUUGCCUCCAACAACAAGAAGCAGACGCCAGGCAAGAUGGCCGACUUGGGGAAGAAGUACUGCGUUAACUGCCUUGCAGAUGUUACAAACCUUCGGCUUCGCUGCACCGACUGCCCGGAUAUCGAGCUGUGCCCAGAGUGCUUCUCAGCGGGCGCAGAAAUCGGUAAUCACCGGAGAUGGCACGGUUACCAGCAGGUCGACGGCGGUCGGUUCUCUCUCUGGGGUCCAGAGGCAGAAGGAGGGUGGACCAGCAGGGAAGAGCAGUCGCUACUCGAUGCUAUCGAGCAGUAUGGAUUUGGAAACUGGGAAGACAUGGCUGCUCAUGUCGGAGCAUCGCGGACUCCUCAGGAAGUUAUGGAACAUUAUGUCACCAUGUACAUCCAUGGAAACCUGGGGAAGGCCUGUAUCCCUGACAGUAUUCCAAACCGGGUGACUGACCACACCUGCCCUAGCGGGGGGCCCCUGUCACCCAGCCUGACCACUCCGCUUCCCCCGCUGGAUAUCAGCUUGGUUGAGCAGCAGCAGCUGGGCUACAUGCCACUACGUGACGACUAUGAGAUUGAAUAUGACCAGGAUGCAGAGAAACUCAUCAGCGGGCUGUCGGUCAACUAUGACGAUGAGGAUGUGGAAAUUGAGAUGAAGCGUGCGCAUGUGGACAUGUAUGUGCGUAAGCUCAGAGAACGCCAGCGGCGUAAGAACAUCGCCCGAGACUACAACCUAGUACCUGCAUUUCUGGGCCGAGACAAGAAGGACAAGGAGAAGGACAAAACAGGAAUGUUAGGAGUGGUAGGAACUGCUGCUGGUGUGAGUGGGGCAGGAGCUGGUGGUGGUGCAGUUGGAUCAGGUUCCAUGACAGCGUCGGGAUCAGGUCCCCUCCCGAGUACACCUAAAAGAAAAAUCACCAAGGAAGAGAAGGAGCAGCGGGUGAGACUGCGGGCGCUUUGCCAGUUCAUGGCCCAUAGAGAAUUUGAAGAGUUCUUUGAGAACAUGCAUAAAGAGCGAGUCCUGAGGGCCAAGGUGCGCGAGCUGCAGCGCUAUCGACGAAAUGGCAUCACACGCCUGGAGGAGUCUGCUGAAUAUGAAGCAGCUCGCCACAAACGGGAGAAACGCAAGGAAAACAAAAGUGUGGUCACCUCGAAGCGAGGCAGCUCAGGAGGAGGAGGGCUUGGUUCCGGGAUGGGACUCGGGGGUGGAGCUGGAGGCGGAGGAGGUGUUACUGGAGUACUAGGGGUUGGAGGUGGAAUCAAAGAAGAGGGGAAAGAUGGUGAGUUCGCUGCCAUUGAAAAUCUGACGGGCUUCGAGCUGCUGUCAGACAGAGAGAAGGUUCUGUGCAACUCUCUCAACCUCAGCCCGGCACGCUACCUGACUGUCAAAACCAUCAUCAUCAAAGAUCACCUACAGAAAAGGCAGGGCAUUCCUGCCAAGAGCCGAAUGCCCAGCUACCUGGACAAGGUUCUUAAGAAGCGCAUUCUCACUUUCCUCACAGAGAGCGGCUGGAUAUCCCGAGACGCCUCUUAGCAGUAAAUUGUUGCUCAGGAAAUUCUAAGCAGAUAAGCUAUAAGCACCGGAGGCAGAACAGAACUACUGGUUUUCACCUUUUUUUUUCAGGAGUGACCUUGUAAAUAUGUACUUUGAAAAGAAAUAGGUUACCCCAUUGGGGGAAAAAAAAUUCAUAUGAAGUUAAGGAACAAAACUGUCUAUAUUUUUGCAUUUGGAAAGGAAUAUUGAUUAAGACAGCUGUGUGGGUUCACAGUACUUUCUGUCUGAAAUGUUUUGACAAAAUAACUGCAGUUUUCAUUGUUGCAGGUAUUACAUAGAGCUGUUUUGGUGUUGUCGCAGCAGGUUCACUGAGGAUAGAAAUAAUGUCAUGAAUGCAUCUGGCAACAGGGCAAAAAAAAAAUUCAUGCUGAAAAGAAAAGGAAAUAAGAACAUUUGAUUUGAUGAUGAACUUUUCCCACAUUGGUGGCUGCAAAAUGAGGUGAAGACCCAGGGUUUGCCCAUAACCUGGCUUGAUUUAGGGCUAGCUCACUUAGAUGGCCUGAUAUUAGUCAGAGCCAGACCAAUAUAUGGGUUUACUUACAGUUACAGUCAAUAUCAGCAUAUUACAGAUAUACUGGUAUUAUCCUACAUGUUUGCAGUUUGCACCAAAAACUGACUAUAAUAAUGAAUACAAAAAUACCUUUUUCACUCACAUCAUAAAAAGAUAUUAGAAGGUACUUUAAAAUGUUGUCAUUAUAUAGUUUGUCCACCAGAAUGCCGCUUUACUUCAUUCAUUCUUUACUCUCUGGUUAUGUUAGCCUGUCACUGCUCAGUUAGAUAUGCUGCAGCUGGUUGAUUAGUGGUUGAUAUCAGGGUAUCACAGAUGUCUUGGUUUUGCUGUAUAUAUGUUCCCCCAAAUUUACUAAAGACUGAUGCGGAACAAGGUGUUGGGGUUAAUUGAGAACUGUUGUCUUUAGGGUUUUUGCAGGAGAGUGUGCGCCAGCUUCCAUUCUGUACAAUCCUCUCCGCACUGUCUGUAGCACAUGUAGCAGAGUAGAGCCUAGUUUUACAUUGCUGGAUAAUUGGGGGGGGGGGGCUAUACCUUCAUUGUCCCUUUCAGCGUAACUAACAUACAUGUGUAUAUAUUUAUAUAAAAAAAUAUUGGCCAGUAUCUCAAUAUUGGAUUUUUUUUUUAAUUCCCUAAAUGUGGGCCUCAAAAAUCCACUAGUGGUCAGACGCUAAUAUCAGCAGUGGCACAUAUGUUUGACCAAUAAAUGAAAAGAAAUGCCAAAGAUCUAAGAAAUCAGUCAACACUAUAGUCUGUCCACCAGAGGGCACCGCCAGGCUUACUUUUAAACUGUAAAAUGUCCCACUCAGAACAUAUCUUGGUUUGAUAACCAAAUUUAAAGGAUCCUGGUUUAAAAAAAUGUUACAAGUUUAAGUUAAAAAUAUCUAUUGAUGUCUUCUAUUUAUUUUAAAGACACUGAAAUCCCAGCUUUAAAUAUUUUCUAUAACAUGAGGUACUUAUAAAUACCUCAUAGAAAAUAAAAGUGGAGUGAUUUGAUCAGAUUUGAUUAACUGUGUCAGCAACCCACCAAUCAUUGUUGUAACCUGUUUAGUUUGCCAAACAAAAUGUGUGAGGACUGUGUGGGUUUGGCUUUCAAAACUUUGGUUUAACGGCAUGUAGUGCUGUUUCAAAUGUUUUCCUGUCCACGUGCUACAGUACAGACGAAGGACUUUAAGCAAUGGUACCCAAAUACAAGACUGCUGUUGACUAAGUGAACACAGAGAGCUAAUACAACACCUCUAUGUUCCACAUUAUUUAAGGUUCCACAGUAUUGUAAUCUUACAGCUGACCACAUCACACAGCUUCCCAACAAGGCUAUUGGCAGCCUGUCUUUAGGUUUUCACUUCAUUUUUAACUUCACUUUGACUGAAAGUAGAGGCAGGACAGUGACUCUGGUAACUUGUUUUCUUUCUUUUCUAAUGCCAUUUUUUGGGGGGGGGGGCAAGCUGAGCAUUAGUCAUGCUGCUGUUUAAAUGUAACUGAAUUUGCUGUCAUUUCAAAAAAUUAAAACGCAAGAGGCUGUGUGGGUGUUACAUGUGCUGCAAAAUUCACUCUUCUUUUCUGUAUCUGUUGCUGAUUUAAAGUUUAGCUUUCAGGAUGGAGCGGGGAUAGUCAUGCAAGGACAUUCUUUUUUUUUUUGUAGUGUUGCUUUAAAAGUGGAGCAUUGCCCUUAUUUUUUUUUGUUUUUUGUUAUAAUGUAGCAUCUAAGAACUUAAGCUUCUGCUUUGAGCUUGAGGAUCAUUUAUGCAGGGUGUUAAAGCUCCAUAUAGUUAAUAAGAUUCAUCUGGCCAAAGGAGCUUCAUUAUAUUAAACGCCAGACCUGAUUUUAUUGUUGCAUUUCUUUGAUUGUCAACAAAAUCUCAUGAAAAGAUGCUGACAAUCAUUCAGUGUCUCAUACUCACAGAUAGUGUGUGCCUGUUGCACUGGUGAGUACAUACAGUCCUAAAUACAUAGUCCUCCUAUCACAAGUAAUGCUAGAGUACCAAAUGUGUAUUAAUCUGCAGCAGGAAAUAGUCCCACUUAUUUACAGUAUGUAGAAAACACUGAAAAAUUCAUUCAAGCAGAUUUCUUUUAUCUUACAGAUAUUAUUGCCGGGUCCACCCCAGUACAUUAUGCUAACCCACUGCUAACACAUUCCUAAUGAAUCUAAAUGUGUUGCACUGUAGUGGGUUUAUGAGCAUUGUGUUGAUUUUGUAAAACACAAAUAAGCAUUUUUCAGAACUUGUGGCCCAGUUUUCUCUUGGUGAUGGUCUGAUCAUUGUUUUUCUUUGUCACCAUUUCUUCUUUUUUUUUUCCAGUCUCAGUUCCAGAUUUUUCCAAAAUGGUGUGUUUUGAUAUUAAAGUCUCAAUGUAAAAUUUGGGAAUUGAAGACUUUUGUUUUGUUCUCAGUGGGGAAAAUACUUUUUAUAAGGGGGAUUUGAUUACUUUACCAAAUGUAAAUACUUUUAUAAGAUAAAUUUCAGGGGGGCAAAAAGAACUAUGCUGACCUGUGAAAUGUACAGUAUUUUGUGUCAUGGAAAUUUUUAUAGCUUUUGUAAUUAAAAAAAAAAAAGUGUUUGGAUUGCAAAAAAGAAGCAUUCUCCGAGGCUUUGGUUCUACAGAUGGCAUGCUGUCGAGCUGUCCCAAAUCUUGUUGCCCGUCUCAUUAUUUGUUUUACUGUUCUGUUACUUUGCUGUUGAAAAUGACAAAGUAUCUG